AUGCCCAUCACUUUCAAGGUUGCAAACCAUGAUGCAGAGGAACUUCGAUCUUAUAGGAAACCAUCGUCCAUCACAGCAGAGAGAUUUAUAUGUGAGGUCUGGAGCGAAGACGGCGCCAAAUGUGACCGUGUACUAGAGUCUUCGUUUACCCCCAAUGGUUACCUCAUUCCCAAAAGCAAUGGGUUUAUUAAUACUGUGGUCGAUGCGUACAACGAACAUUAUCAUCUGAUUAUCCGGCCGGAUGACCUGUGGAUCGCGAUCUUGUCCCAGUUCAAUUUCUAUAUCAACGCUCAUGCCGAGGAACUAAGGUCUCACUUUGUUUCGCACGAAGGAAAGGAGAAGCUGGUGGUCGGCGCAGACUUUGGAUUUGGUGCGGCCGCAAACGAUAUGGGAGAGCUAUUAAAGACAAAGAUCAAAGAUCCCUCGCUCUACGAGUUUAUCGUCCCAACCUUCUCCACGACAACACCGAAUGACAAAAUCAUCUGCUCGGUCAUGAUGAUGAGCACUCUCAAGGCAUACUUCAGUUAUGAAUUCUGUAUCGAUUGUGGCAUACCUUCAAUCACACUCGAGGGCGAACAAGAAGAUUAUGCGGCAAUCCUCAAACGACUGGACAAGCUUGAAGAAUUUGGUAAUGAACCCACCUUCUUUGCUCGUCUGUUGCGACCCAUUAUCCGCCAAUUUAUUUCUGCGUUCGAUGCAGUCAAAGCCGGGAAUAGUCUCGACGUCGAGUUCUGGAACAGAAUCUGUCAUUAUCAAGCCGGUGGAUCUGGUCCGUCCUAUCUCAGUGGAUGGAUCACUGCCUUUGCCGUCUGGAACUCGGGAGGUAAAUGGCAGGCUCACGACUUGAAAACAAUCGAGACCGACUUGAGUGAAGAAGAGCGGAAAUAUAAGGAAGAGUAUGCAAUGAACCCGUCGUAA